GAGGCAUCGCCGCGGCGCUCGGACCCCCUCCCGCGGCGACGUUGAGAUGCAAGCAGGCCGUCGUCAUCGCGGACGGUGUUGCGCGCUGGCUGGCCAAGGCCGGCACGCCAGCGGGGGCCGCCAGGGACGACAGCGCUCAAGGCUACGUGCAGCGCGACUUCGGCGACCGCAUCGGCCUCAGCCUCACGAGCCAUGUCUUCACGACGCAGGCCGACGGCUCGUGGCACUGCCAGGCGCGCCUCAAGACGGCGCGCACCGAGAAGUCCAAGCAGGUGCUCUUCAGGGGCCCGUGCAAGCCCAAGGCGGUGACCUCAGGGGCCAGGCGGGCCCCCGCCUCCAGCGCUGCUGCGGGUGCCGCGUUGGCGGCCGCCGCCAUCGCGGCCGCUGCUGGAGGGCGCGGUGGAGGUGGCAGCGCCGAGGGCGGCGGCGGCGACCCCGGCAGCACCGCCGCCGCGAGCGGCCCCGCCCGCCGAGUGCCUCGCAGGCCUCGCGGGCCCCCCGCGGGCUCCAGCGUGAGGCCCGCCGCUGUGGAGCGCCAGCCCUCGAGUGCCGCCGACCUCCUCAUGGCUGCAUCGAGGGGGCGCAGGGCGGACCUUUCUCGCGCUGGCGCCGUCGGAGGCAGCGGCGACAGGUCGCGGUCCCCUCGUGAGCAUGCAGUGCGCGGCGUCGCCAGUGCGCCGUUGGGUCCCGCCGAGGUGUCUGCCGAAAGGGCGGCUCCCUCGGCACCCGCUGAGCCGCCCGCUCUGUCCGCUGCGCAUGACGAGCUCGGGCAUGUGCUGCAGCGGUGCCACGGCUACGUCGUCUGCAACAGGUGCAACGCGUACGCACGUGAGCGCCUUGGCUCCUUCAAGGUGCUCUCGGGCAUGUGCGUCCCAGGUGGCUGGCCUCUCGAGCUCGGUGGCCUCAGCGUAG